AUCGCAGCAGCUACGUGAAAUUAAAGGCCGCGAUAUUGUCAUAUAUAAUACGAAAAAAACGGUGCGUUUUAAAAUUCUAUGCGGAUCUGAGUAAAAUCACACCAAAUUCUCUCGUCAAUUUCCACCAUCUCCAUCACUAGUAGAUCUCGACGGUCACAAAAAAAAUGGUGCUAGUAUCCGCUGCACGUGAUUACGUGAACCGGAUGUUGCAGGACAUCUCCGGUAUGAAGGUUCUCAUUCUCGAUUCCCAAACGGUUAGUAUUGUAAGUGUUGUGUAUUCACAAUCAGAAUUACUACAAAAGGAGGUAUUUUUGGUAGAAUUGGUAGAUUCUAUAUCGAAGUCGAAAGAAUCAAUGUCCCAUCUUAAAGCAGUAUACUUCCUUCGCCCAACAUUGGAGAAUAUUCAGCAUUUGCGGCGUCAGCUGGCUAAUCCUAGAUUCGGAGAGAGUCAUUUAUUUUUCUCCAACAUGUUGAAGGAUACUCAGAUUCAUAUAUUAGCUGAUUCGGAUGAACAGGAAGUUGUGCAGCAAGUUCAGGAGUAUUAUGCAGACUUUGUUGCAAUUGAUCCUUAUCAUUUCACUUUGAACAUCCCUUCAAAUCACAUGUAUAUGCUUCCAGCGGUUGUAGAUCCUCCUGGUUUGCAACAGUUCUGUGAUAGAAUUGUUGAUGGCAUAUCAACGGUCUUUUUGGCAUUGAAACGAAGACCUGUUAUUCGAUAUCAAAGGACCUCUGAUAUUGCAAAAAGGAUAGCACAGGAAACAUCAAAGCUUAUGUACCAGCAGGAAAGUGGCCUUUUUGAUUUCAGACGUACAGAGAUUUCUCCUUUGUUGCUUAUAGUUGAUCGAAGGGAUGACCCUGUUACCCCAUUAUUAAACCAAUGGACAUAUCAGGCUAUGGUUCAUGAAUUGAUAGGUAUUCAUGAUAACAAAGUGGAUUUGAGUAGUACUGGAAAAUUACCCAAAGACCAGCAGGAGGUUGUUUUGUCAUCAGAGCAAGAUGCCUUCUUCAAAGCUAAUAUGUAUGAGAACUUUGGAGAUAUUGGAAUGAGCAUCAAGAGGAUGGUGGAUGAUUUUCAGCAAGUUGCAAAAAGUAACCAAAACAUCCAAACAAUAGAAGACAUGGCCAAGUUUGUUGACAGUUACCCUGAGUACAGAAAAAUGCACGGCAAUGUUUCAAAGCAUGUGACAUUGGUCACAGAAAUGAGCAAGAUAGUUGGAGAGCGAAGGCUGAUGUUAGUUUCAGAAAGGGAACAGGAUUUGGCUUGCAAUGGUGGGCAAGUGGCUGCAUUUGAGGCAGUGACAAAUCUUCUAAACAAUGAAAGUGUUUCUGAUAUUGACCGACUACACUUGGUAAUGUUAUAUGCAUUGCGCUAUGAGAAGGAGAGCCCUGUUCAAUUAAUGCAGCUUUUUAACAAACUGGCUUCUCAAUCUCCCAAGUACAAGCCUGGGCUAGUCCAAUUCCUCCUGAAGCAAGCAGGUGUGGAUAAGCGUACCGGGGAUCUUUAUGGGAACCGAGAUCUUCUGAACAUUGCUCGUAACAUGGCACGUGGUCUUAAGGGGGUUGAAAAUGUAUACACCCAGCACCAGCCUCUUCUGUUCCAAACUAUGGAAAGCAUAAUCAAGGGGCGGUUGAGAGAUGUGGACUACCCAUUUGUUGGAAAUCACUUUCAACAGGGAAGGCCGCAAGAUGUGGUUAUUUUCAUUGUUGGUGGAACAACAUAUGAGGAGUCACGCUCUGUUGCUCUCCAAAAUGCCAGCAAUUCUGGAACUCGUUUUAUCCUUGGUGGUUCUGUGGUUCUCAAUUCUAAGAGGUUCCUGAAGGACCUGGAAGAAGCUCAGAGAGUAGCUAAAUCCAGCACCAACGUGGUUUGAAGUGCAAUUCCCAUCUGUAGCUGUUUGAGAUCCAUGUAUAUACUUGUUUGCGGCUUUAGAAGGUCAUUGUGUUUUGAUGACUAGAAGUGGAAAAGUUGUCCAGAAGAUUGCAGCAGCAGCAGCUUCAUGACAGGUAUCGCCGUGUUGUUACUGCAAUGGGCAAGAGUUGGAUUGAUGAAUUUCACUCCCUUGCAUGGCAGUCGGAAUGUGAAGAGUUUCAAAAGCCUGUAACACACUGUUAAAUUAAUGUUCAUGCAUGUAUUAUCUCACCUAACCAAGCCACAGUCAGAUCUCUCGGUGCUUGGAUUUUUAGUUUCAUACAAGAAAAGAGGAGGAACGAUGUUUAUCCAUUAUAGAGUUUCUUACAUUGGUGUCAGUUUAAACGAAAGAAAAAUAAAAUAAAAUAAAUUUGUUGUACACA